AUACGCAAUACAAAUAAAUUUCUAAGCUGAAAACCCACUUGACCCGCUGUAUAAACCGGAUAAAGGUUGGUGAUGCUGAGGUGGGAAAUAUGUAUGCGGAUUGGCACGGCUAACAGAUGUGCAACAUGGCUGUGCCAUGUCGAUCGGAUGAGGGGGCAUUAUAAAUAACCCCCGAGGUCAAAUUGGAAUAUGGUUUACACGGAAGUGGGAUCUUAAUGUAGCCGGUGCUUGGUAUCUUUCAAGACUUAAUUGAUAUUUAGCUUUGGGUACACCGGAUUGUGAAUAUCCCCAACGUAAAAGACAGACAACUUAUUUUCAGACAUUUAGAAUUACCUUUCCAAGCUAGAAGUGGCUUGACCAUACUUACUGUUCGAACAUGGCACCAGAUCUCAACGGUGUAGCCAACGGCGCGCGAUGGGACUACUCAACCCCGGGAUCAAGCGGAUAUAGCGUCCCGGACAUCGUCUACAAUGACCCCUCAACGCGAAAGAUGAGGGUUUUGACCAUUGGUGCCGGGCUGUCCGGCAUACAAUUGGCAUACCAGAUACAAAAGUACACGCAGAAUGUAGAACAUGUAAUUUACGAGAAGAAUGCACGCAUUGGAGGUACAUGGCUCGAGAAUAGAUAUCCAGGGUGCGCAUGCGACAUUCCCUCACACGCCUACACCCUCAACUUUGCACUGAACCCGGACUGGCCCCGCUUCUUCUCCUACGCUCCAGACAUCCUCAAGUAUCUCGAGAAAGUCUGCGAUGUAUUCGGUCUACGCAAAUACAUGACGUUCAACACAGAAGUGGUCCGCGCAGAGUGGCAGGACGAAGCUGGAAAGUGGAAAGUCACAUUGCGGCAGAAGAGCCCUUUAGGCGAGGAGCGCGAAUUCGAAGACGAAUGCGAUCUCCUGCUGUACGCCUCGGGAAUUCUGAAUAACUACAAGUGGCCGGGUAUAAAGGGGAUUAGUGCCUUCAAGGGACGCAUAGCGCAUACGGCAGCUUGGCCACAGGACUACCAGGCCGAGCAGUGGAAGAACGAUCGUGUAGCUAUUAUAGGCUCUGGCGCUUCAUCGAUCCAGACUGUGCCCACCAUGCAACCGCAUGUUAAGCACAUGGACGUUUUCGUCCGCACGGGCGUGUGGUUCGUCCAGAUUGCAAACAACUUCGGUCAGAACAAGGAGUACUCGGAGGAAGAACGCGAAGAGUUUCGACGGGACCCACGUAAAAUGGCGGCGCAUGCUAAGGAUAUUGAAAAUCAAGUAAAUGGGCUUUGGGGCACUUUUUAUACCGGCAACGAGUUGCAGAAGCAGGCGCAGGAUAUGCUUCGGGAACGAAUGAAGGAACAUAUCAAAGACGAGCGAUUGUUACAGGGUUUUACGCCAAAAUUUGAGGUGGGAUGCCGCAGAAUCACACCAGGCGACCCCUACAUGAAAGCCAUCCAAGAACCCAACGUCGACGUGCACUUCACCGCCGUCAACGAAAUCACCGAAAAAGGCGUCAUUGGCGCCGACGGCAUCGAGCGAGAAGUCGACACGAUAGUCUGUGCAACAGGCUUCGACGUGACCUACCGCCCCCGCUUCCCCAUCAUUGGCAAAAACGGCGUGGACCUCGCCGAAAAAUGGAAAGAUGAGCCAAAAGGCUACCUCGGCGUCGCAUGUCCAGACAUGCCUAACUGGCUCAUGUAUAUCGGCCCUACGUGGCCCGUAGAAAACGGAUCAGUGACGGGCCCGCUGCUCGCCGUGGCAGAGUACACCGUGAAAAUCAUCAAGAAGAUGCAGCGCGACCACAUCAAGUCGUGGGUGCCUCGUCAAGACAUUACUGACCAGUUUAACGAGCACGCGCAGGAAUGGAUCAAGCAUACAGUCUGGAAAGGCGAGUGUCGCUCUUGGUACAAGAACAACGACACUGGCCGCGUCAACGCCGUGUGGCCCGGUUCAUCGAAUCAGUACUCUGAAGUCCUCGAGACGCCACGGUAUGAAGAUUUUGAGAUUGAAUAUCUGCAUAAGAAUCCAUGGGCGCAUCUGGGAAUGGGGUAUGCGAUGUGCAAUGCCAAGUUCCCCAACAGCGAUGUUAGUCCGUAUUUGCAGGUGGAGAAUAUUGAUCCGGAGUGGCUUAAGGCGAUUGGGUAUGAGGGGCCGGCGAAGGAGGUGGAAGGGGUGAGGAAGGAGAAGGAGGAGCCUGUCGUGGAGAGGAAAGGGACGGAUGCAGGUGUUGAGGUGGGAAAUGGGAAUAUGGUGGCAUGAGGAGAGGCCGAGUGUAAGGUUUAGACUUGGGCUGUUGUCAAUAACACUAGAUUGAAAGGGGGGAAGACUUGGACUACUUCGUGGUGAAUACUAGAUUGUUUGCU